AUGAUCUUGAAGAUGCCGCUAAUAGAGCUUCUUCAAAUGCGUCAUGGGAACAAUGAGGAAGAGCUCAAGUUUCUUCAUUACAAACAAAUCAUUUUUACCAAAAAGCUUCAAAUAGCUCCCUUGCUUAUCAAAAUGUAUGCCAAACUGCUUAUUUCUUCAUUACAAACAAAUCAUUUUUACCAAAAAGCUUCAAAUAACUCCCUUGCUUAUCAAAUGUAUGCCAAACUGCUUAUUCAUCUUUGGCUACUAAUUAUUUUAAUACACCUAAAAAGCCUUAAUCUCAAUAUUUUAAAUCGAAAUAAUUCUACAUAA